UGACUCUUGAAUUCAUUAUUCCAGGGUCAAUGCUGUACCUCACAAGUAUCAAAAUACAAACCUGUGUGUUUGGUGACAGGGGGAGGGGGACUGAAACCGGUGGGGUGAGUUUUCAAAUCUUGAACUUGGCCCAAAAACUUCUCUCAUACCUGACUGGUGCGGUGUGAAUUGAAAGCCCUGCCCCUCUCAAAGACGGCCCAUUGAUUACAGCGUAAGAAAAACUAUAAGAAAAAGUCCAAAGGGAAGUGAAGUCAGAUACAGAGAGGCUACCUGGACAGCAGAAACACAUUUCUGACGAUUUGAGCUCUCAGGUGGAAAGCGAAGUGAACUCUGAGAAACUCAAGAAGGAUAAGAAGAAGAUGAGUCUGCAGAAGAAAUCAUACAGCCUGGAAGAUGCCCAGCUGGUAAUCCAGCACAGAGACAAGCACCAGCCCCUUAUCAGAUCUCAGACCUUCGAUUUAGCACCUACGAAAAAUAACGAGCAAGAGAAAAGCCUGGAUAGGAGGGGUUCCCUCACCAGCAGUUCAAGUAAAAGCAGUCAGAGUUAUUCAAAGCACAAUAAAUCCUUCCACAAGCUGUUCAAAGACAUUGCUGAAGAGGAGGCACUAAUCAACAGUUUCACCUGCGCUCUGCAGAAGGAGGUCCUAUACCACGGAAAGAUGUAUGUGUCCAAAAACUACAUCUGCUUCUAUUCCUCCGUGCUCCUCAAAGAAACCAAGGUUAUGAUCCCGGUGUCAUCUGUAGCUCUCCUGAAGAAACAGAACACAGCCCUCCUGGUGCCCAACGCACUGUCCAUCCGCACCAGCGAUGGAGAAAAGUUUAUUUUUGUGUCUUUGCGAACACGAGACGUAACGUUCAAGCUCCUGAAGUCAGUCUGCUAUCCCUCAGAGGAUGCCAGCGCAAACAGCAGCCCAAGUUUCGACACUCCAGGGAAACACUUGAACUCUAGUCAGUCCAGUCUGGACCAAGAGCAGGAAACGCAACCAGAUUCUCCAGGGACUCCGAAGCACAGCAAAGCUCCGUCACCGCAAUUGAAUGCAAUCCAUUCGCAACCCAACAGUGAGGACAAGGGGGAAGAUCAGACUGACAGGGCAGUGGAACAGCAAGCAGGCGAUUCCUGGGUGUGGACUAUCACUCAGAAAGUGAACUCGUACAUCACGCCGCAUGAAUCCACCUCAAUCCACAUGUUGCUUAUCAUCUACCUGCUACUGGUGGUUGUUCUCCUCCUGUCCUCUGGGUAUAUCGGGCUCCGGAUCGUGGCUCUAGAGCAGCAGUUGACUUCCAUGGGCGCCUGGCCUGACGUCUCUGUGCACAGAGGGUACAAGGAACCCUAACCCCUUCGCUUUGCAGACGUCCUGUCACCUGGAUUGAUCAAAGCCCUCACUGGCUCAAGCCCUCUCGGGGAGAUGCGAAUGGAAUUCUGCUGGUCAGACUGCGACGGAGGAGAAUGAAUCCUCAGUGUUAUCGUCUCCACGCAUCUUGUAAUUUGAAUGACAGUUAAUGGUGGAGAGGCAGAGGUGCAAGCCACACAGCAGGCAUUGUUUGCACUACCUACCAGCACCUGAAGAAGUGGAUUGCUAGUUAGCAGGUACCCUUUUAGGCCAGUGCAAAAACCUAAAAGCCAAAACUGCUGGAAAAGAUGACCCGACAAUCAAAAGUACAUUUAAGCGCUCAUGUGAAUGAUUGUAAAGGCGUAUUUUGAAGAAACCUUUUCAAUGCAUCCUAGCCGAUCCACUUUUUUUUUUACAGCAUUACUGUAUGUUGGGAAAGCUAACCCUGCUGAUGCCAAGUUUACAACCUGUGAAUUAACAGUGCAAUAUUCCUACUACAUUGGGACUUCCUUGGGUCUUAACGGUAUAUUCCUGUGUAUUAAGUUUCUAGAAUUCUGCACUUUGUAGCUUUUUUACAGCAGGAACAAUGUUUAAAUGUGUAUCAGCACUGCUUACGUCAAUAAACCGGUACUUUGUUUAAAGUACAGUUUGUAUAUAUUGUGACACCUGAUUGAUCAGCCCAUUUUUACUUGUAUACAAAGUGCCAGGGGAAUGUACAUUAGAGUUUUUUUUUUUUUUGGAUCCUGAUCUAUUAAAUGGAUGUUAUGAAAGAAUAUUCUGUUAACCUUUUAGGAUACAGUGAAGAAACUGCCCCUAGCACAGGAAGUUAGCUCUGAGCCACUCACUAAGGCAAUUCUAUACCAAGCAGUGAAAGAGGCAUUACAAGUUCACUGAACAAAAAAUAAAUAAAUAAAUGAAUAAAAAAUAAAACACAUCCACAAAUUAUUUAAGUACAAGACAGUUCAUCCUAAACCGGAACAGCAGGUCCAGGAUUUGAGAGCAAGCUGUUUUAAAAACUGGAACAGAAAAAAAUAAAACGUAAGGUCAGCUAGUUAUCAUAAUCUACGUUUAAAUGCAGAACCAGCAACGUGCAUAGCAGGAUCGCAACAACAGACAUCUGGUUUUUAGAUCUUGUGUACAAAUUCUGAAUUACAGUAUCUCUUCCCCUCUGUGUUUAUUUUCCUUGAUUUGAACUUUAAUAUAGCCAUUAAAGCUUUUUGUAAUGGAGGUUGCAAUAAGGGGAACAAUUGUGCAUGCAUGUACAAACCCAUAUAUCCUUAUAUGUAUAGUUUUUAAAGACUUCACCUGUAUGUAUUUUAAACUCAGUAUUAACUUUGAAACAUACCUCAACAAAAGUAGCUUUGUUCAGAGUGUCAAUCAAGCAUUGCUUUAACUGUUGGAGCUUUUUGGUGGAAAGGAAAAUGUCGUGAAAGCAGAUCUCGUCUACAGAGCUGUGUUAUUGAACUUCUGUAUGGUGUUGGGGUGCAGCACACCCCCCUAAAGGGCUUUUAUUUAUUUUUUUUAUGGAGUUCCUUGGGAAUGUAUUAUUGCAUGGAAUUGUAAGACUUGGCAGUUGACUAUCAGGAAUGGCAACACAGUGGAUUUGCAAGAGAUGCUGCAGCCUUACUGUUUUGCUAAUGGGCCCUGCAAUGGGUUGUAUAGACCUAUGCUAUCAGUAUGCCAAUAUGAACAUCGUACCACGGUGGUAGUGUUUUGCUUAAUAUCACAUCCAAUUAUCAUAAAGACAAGCACGAAAAGUUCUGCGUUGCCUAUUUACACUCCAAACACCACAAGGUUUUUUUUUUUUUUUUUUUUUUUGUAUGAAUUUCUACUGGAUAAUGUGUUAUUUAUAUAUAUAUUUGAU